AAUUUGACUUAUUUAUGCUGACAUUUUAAUACUAUCUUGCUUUAUUUAUAAUGGGUUAAUACAGAAAAUAUUUGUCCUCUAAUAUAAGGUAUGAAGCUUUAUAAAUUUCAAGUUAGUUAAAAAUAAAAAUCUAAAUAAAACGUCAACAAUACAGUUCUGAAGAGAAGGACUCCAUUAAACGGAUGAGUUUGUAUCUUUUAAUUUUAAUUAUUUUCGAGAUCUCAAUGUGGAAAGCAUUUUUGUCUACAGCAUUUUAAAUAAAGUUGUAUUUAAAAAUGGCGGCGUCCAUGCUGAAGGUUGUCGUUACAGGUUUGCUAUGCAGUUCACAUCGUGCUGUACCAAUAUUCAGAAGACUUUCAGUGUCAAAGCCUGUGGCUCAGGGUGUGCCAGGACCCAUUUGGAAGCUAGGUAGACUGAACCAUGUUGCCAUUGCAGUCCCAGAUCUGGAGAAGGCUACUUCUCUGUAUCGGGAGGUGCUGGGUGCCCGGGUAAGUGAGACAGUGCCCUUACCGGAGCAUGGGGUUUACACUGUGUUUGUGGAGCUGGGUAACACCAAACUGGAGCUUCUGCAUCCCCUGGGAGAGAAGAGCCCUAUCGCAGGAUUCCUCCAGAAGAACAAAGCUGGUGGGAUGCAUCACAUCUGCAUUGAGGUGGAUGAUAUCAAUGCUGCUAUAAUGGAUUUAAAGGCUAAGAAGAUUCGGACUCUAUCAGAUGAGCCCCGAAUAGGAGCGCAUGGUAAACCAGUGAUGUUUCUCCACCCUAAAGACUGUGAUGGGGUGCUAGUUGAGCUUGAGCAAGCCUGAGCACGCAGAGCUUUUGGAGACUCAGUGCUCUCCACCUCGAUAGAUGAGAGCACCCACAAAGGACAACCACAUUGAAGAUUUUCUGAAAACUUAUUAAACGUCUUGGCAAUUCAGUGACGCAGAAUCAAUGAAAACAUCAGGAUCAAUGCAUUUUUCCUUAAUUGCAGAGUGAUCCAGAAAAGGUCCAAAUAAUAACACAGUGCAAAAUACAGUUUUAUUUUGUUUGUUAAUACGUUUUCAUGUGUAUUGGGAAAAUUAAUAACUGUGGUGUUUUGCCUUUCAUUCAACUGUGCCUGCCAACAUCAAGGACAUAUUACUUAUUUUCUAAAGCAGAUAGAACACAGUUUCAGACUGUGCUAGGAUACCGUUGAAUACUAAAAUGAUCAUUUUUAUUUUUUCUGGAUUAAUUGUCCCAAAUUUCCUUGAUGGGUUAUAAUGUUAAAUUAAACAUGCAUACCACUGCUUACAGCAAAAUGUGUAUAAUUUGUUUUGUGUUUUUAUACCUGAUGUGCACGCAGAAAAUACCAGAAAACUAAAUAAGUUGUGAUUUGCAGAGACUAUUGAUUUUGUUUCCUUUAAAAUCUUGGGACUCUUUUUUUUUAUUGGGCAUAACUUUUCUUGAUAUCUGUUAUGAGUUAACAUUUGAUGUGGCAAUGAUUGGAUUUUGCUCUUAUGGUAACAUAAUGUGCUUUAAUUUUGCUUUAAAGUGCAAUCGGUGACAGUGAGGGUUUCUUUCAACUAAUGUGCAUUAAUUAUGCAGCUUUUGGGAUUUGAAUCUCAAGUUAUUAGCUGUUUUUUUAAUUUUGAAACAGGAUUAAAUUGAAACGAGGGGGGACAGUGGCGCAGUGAUUAGCGUUGCCGCCUCGCAGCGCUGGGGCCCUGGGUUCAAUUCGGACCUGGGGUGCUGUCUGUGUGGAGUUUGUAUGUUCCCCCCAUGUUCAUGUGGGUUUUCUCUGGGUGCUCAGGUCUUUGUGUACCUUGCAGUGUUCUGGUGUCCCAUCCAGGCUGUAUCCUGCCUUAUUCCCAUUGUUGGCUGGGAUAGGCUCUGGCUCCCCUGCGACCCGGAAUUGGGUGAAGCAGUUAGAAAAUGAAUGGAUAAAAGUGACGCCUGAUUAAAAUUGGAGUAAUACACUAGACACCAUGGUAAAUACUGUCAUCAUGCAUGUGAAAUCUGGCUUGGGAUGGUGUAUCUCUUGGCAUUAUGAAUUAUUGUCUUCUACUCUUGACUCUUCUCUCAUAAAUGUGUGAUAUCACAUUUCCACAAGUUGUGAAUUUGUCUUUUGCUUUUUCAGUUUGGAUUUGAAAUGUUGUCUUUUUUAGGAAAUGGGAAAGAUUAAUGUAUUGUUUGUAGAUCUCCAAUUGAAAAAAACAAAUGUUCUAUUUUUAUGAAUUUCCCACUGAUUAAAGCUCACUUUCUUCUCCUUAGGCUCGUAAUAUUUGGUUAAGAUUUACCUUAAAUAGACUGUUAAAUAGAUUAAUGACAUCAAUAUUCCCCAGUUACUGCAGCAUUGGAAAGGGUCUGACCAGGUGAAUAAUCUGAUGUAGUUUCUGCCUUUGUAUUAUUAUUUAAGUAGCUGACUAUUCCUUCAUAUCUCAAAGAAUAUGAAAUAAUACAUUGACAUUGAAGGCUGAAAAAAAAAAUCAGCAUGUAUAGCUGGAGAGGUAUUCAAACUACUUGAUUUCCAUUCCAUGUAUUUACAGGUAAAUCUAGCUAAGUAUAGUAAAUAUAUUAGAAUAGUCAGACUCACAGUCUUUGCUGUUCUUAUGCAGCAGAGUUUUUAGAUGUUUCAGGGUAGUUUGUCAAUUUAGAAUCCAAGCUUUAAGAAUUUAACUUGGAUGCACGCCUCUGCAGAAGAGGUGGAGUGACAUGGCAUUUCCUCUUAACACAAUUCAUCGUUCCUUUGAGGCUGAUCAUCAGCUCUGCAGCAGCCCUUGUUUAAGAUGAAAAAAUACAAGAGAGUGUCGUGGGAAAACAAUGCAUGCCUAGUUUCUUCUGGUAUUCCGUUUCCAUCUUUUAUCACCCCCAGACAGAGAUGAGUUAUGGCUCAAGGAGUGCUUUGAAUGAUUCUGUUCAAAACUAAAUCAGCAGUUUUAGCCCUGCUGGCAGGCCGAUUCCUCCCCAGCUGCUGCUGCAGCUCAGCAAACCUGUGAAUUACUUCAGAUGUCAGAUGGAAAGCAUGAACAUUCACACUUUAAAGCUCUAGGAUAAGACAUGUAUGUUGAUCUGCAACAUUCCUUUGGGGCUUUGCCCUUUUGCCCUUCAAGCAAAACUCUUUAAUUUAUUCAUUUAUUAAAUUUAAUUUAUUUUUUAUUUGUUUACAAAGCCAACUGCAUGCCAUUGCUUAGGGAUUUUAAUUCUAAGCAUUGAUUCUGCUAUGUCAAACAAUGCAGUGUGUAUCGAAUUGCAUCUCAUAACUCUUAUUUCAUUAUUUCAUUAUGCAAAUAGUGUAAGAAUGUUAGAAUAUUGUUUCAAUGUUAAAAAAGCCAUCUGAUUAUGUUACACAGGCUUGCAGACAGCCAUUUCAAUGUUAUCCUUUUUAUGGACAGUUUCAGAUAGUUAUACAGAGUUUAGAUGUUUAUGAUUAUUAUGAAAUAAAGGUAAAUGACAUGGGACUGAAACUUAGUGUAGAAACACAACAUGCAGUGCAGGAAAUGGGCUCAGUGCUGCCUGUUCCCUCAUUGAUGCAUGCAUCUAUUAUUAAAAUUGAUCACAACAUUGGUUAUCAUAGGGCCAUAAAAUCUGCAAAUUCAGCUGCUUCGACAUUUUAAUUUGUUCCACCAGUUCUCGACUGGGGAAUCAAUCUUCAUAUAUUAGCUGUAAGCUGCUCCCAGGCAUUUGUUUGAUGUAAAGUAUUGCACGUUUUGUAUUAAUACCUGCUCUUUGUGUUAUUGCACACUUCCAACAGAUCUCAGUAUUUUGCAAAUGUUUCUUUUUCUGCAGAGUAGUGUGUUCUGCAGAACCUUGCUGUGAUCCUAUAAUUAACCAGCUGCUCUGUACUUUCCUUUGAGUAGAAAAUAGGGCAUUUCAGGGUUUCUAAGCGUUAUGUCAAUGAGCCUGCAAAGUUGUUGUUUUUCCAUUUAUAUACAGCAAUAUGACUCUCAGAGACCUUACUCCUAGGUUGUUUCUAGACUGCCUGCCUCAUCAGACUUGCUUCAUUGUGUGCUCAUAUACAGUACCUGCAGUCCCUGUAGGUCUCCGUUCAAUUGCUUGAUUGAUUUGACAUGUUUAAGGACCAGCUGACUGCUAAGGCUUCCAACACUUAAGAACAAAGAAAAAGUUUCUGAGCAGAAUUGAGAUUUUGGAAAGGCUUGAUCUUUUAUGAAAUAGCUUGCAAGGCAUGAGUAUACAGCCAACACACUGGUCUCUCAUUGCCUGAGGAUUUUUAAAGACCGUAUUUUGUGCUGUACUUGAAAUAGGUUUUAUAUUUCUAGUGAAGAGUGUUGCACUAUGAAUCCAUUUUAUAUUUGAUUUGACAAGUGCCAGUUUCUGCAUUCAUAUUUUAGUGCAGUAGAGCCAGCCUGGUUAAGACACGAUUAAGGGCUCUUAAAAUCCAAGCAGUGUGUACUGGGAUGGACAGUCCAUACUGUACAUCUAAAGAGUGGAAAAAAACAUUCCCCUUGUUAAUAUGAAGUAACUAGCCAUUGUCACAGAUGGGAGUAGGUAGCAUGACUGCAGAGGUACCACAGUGCAGGCAAUGGGUGUUCUAAAUUGUGCUCAGAAGCUGAGAUAGGUUCUAUAUUAAUAUCCACCCACAGUAUCACAGCUACUGCUGAGCUGAAAGUAUUUUCAGGUCACUUUAUGUGGGAUAAAAGCACAUUUGUAGGAAAGUGACAGCUACAAGCAAAUCUGCUGCACCACUUCUUGGGCUUAACUCCCUGGACUUGGUGGGGUGGUGGGAGGGGUUUUCCUUUUUUCAGCUUUUGACCCAUGGAGAGUUUGUAAGCCAACAUAAAUUAUUCAGAAAUAUGGAUGUGUUGUGGAGUUUCAGCAAUGUUGCACUGGAGAGCCAUGAGGUCCAAUUGAAAAGCUAGCCUUUUUAUUUAAGUUGCAGUAACACAGAUUAGACUUGAGUGGUCUUAAUUUAUUCUCGUCAUCUGUUUAAACACUGGUUUCGUGAUGGUAUGCUGUAGGUCUUGUUAAUGAGUCAGGUGCCAUCUUGUCUAUUUGACUGUGCUACCUUAUACUAAACACUUUUCAAGAUACAGUUGAGUAUUAUAAUAUAUGUAAAUGAAGGAGUUUGCUUUCAUGUUUCUGUGAAGGUAAAGGUAAGAUAAAUGAGUGGCAUUCAAUAUUAACUAUUGGUAGGAUUCUAGAGGUAGUGCUGUAGAGGAUAUACAGUGUGCUCACAAGGACCCAAACUGAAGUACAAAGGAUGAGGUGUUUUUUUUUACACAUAAAAGAUUAAUUUUUCAAAUGUUUUUGUUGAUUAUUGAGAUCUGUUUAAAGCAAGUAACAAUUUCUGAUAUUUUUUCCAAAUUCUGAAUGUACUGUCAAUUUUUUUAAUCAGUUAUGUUAAUUGUAUAAAAUAAGCUUAUGCCUUUCAUUGAUCUUACAGAAACUUUAACAUCAUGUGUUGUGUAACUGAAUGAGUUUUGUAUUGUCCUUAAUCACUGGUACAUCCUUUAUUGAGGUUGGUAUAUCAGGCGUGUAUUGUGUUGCAGACAUUUACUGAGAUUACACAACGCCACCCAUUUAGGAGACUAGAGUGCUAUAGUAGAGUAAUUCCUUGAAAGUGUUCCACAGUGUUAAAUCAUUUUCAGUUUCUAUGAAACUGUGUUAUUCUAAAAAUGUAAAUAGUUCUUGAAGAUGCUUCGUUCAUCCACCCAAAGCAACUGCUUCAUCCAGUACGGUGUCAUGUUGAGUCAUACCUGGCUGACAGUGGGCACAGGGCAGGAUACACCCUGGAAGGUAUGCCAGUGCUUUGCAGGGCGUGCACAGACGUGGACAACAACCUAGACAAGCUCUCUGGACAGCAGGAGGAGGUCAGAGCACCUAGCGAAGAGCACAUGGCAAACUUCACACGCCCAAGGGGGCCCCCCAGGACAGACUUGAACCCAGAACUGAAGAGCUGGGAGGCAGCAAUGCUCAGUGGUCUGCUCCCAAUGACGCUUUGGAGAAAUAUGAAAUGAGAUAUUGUAUUGAUGAGUUUCAUUCAUUCAUACUGAUACGGUUCCGUUUGGUGAUAUAGGUGCAGCAAAACAUUGAGUAAUAAAUGCAAGAUGGAAAUGUAUCCCCAAAGCGGUGAAAAAGAUAAUGCACAAUAUUAGUUGCAUUUCCGUCUUUGCUCUUUGCUUAAAAUUGAAAUAACCAUUCUUAUGUGUCCCUCUAGCAGUCUUGUUAUCAUAUUGAAAUUAAUUGCAGCCUUUUAUUAAAAAUCCCUGUUCCUGUU